GUACUUCUGCCAUGCAACCGUUGACGUCUUUUUGGACGUCGUUCAUUGAUAAGGCGCUACAACACUAUCAGAAACAGUGAGCCAGAGAAAUUUUGCGCUAUAUUUACAAACCUUUUUGUUUAAGUUACGUGUUUGAAGCAAUAAUGAAACCGUCCUUGGACUCUGACGAGGAGGAGGAAUUAGGAGCAUUGCAGAAGACUCUGAGAGAGCGAGCUAACCGCAGUAUCCAGCACCUCUCCAGCAUGUUGGCCAGCCACAGCUCUGAUUCUGAGUGUUCAGAAGCAAAGCAGCAGCAGGAGAAGCUCAGCCCUCUGCUGCUAAACCCUCCUAUACCAGUUCAACAGAGCGAAGCAGUCAAUCAGCUGCGUUCCUUACUUCAAAAGCAGUCCAAAGAUGCAAAUGUUGCAUCCCCUUCUCCUUCCAAGAGGAAAUUAACUGGAAAGCAAAGAGCCCCAGAUGAGAGUAAUAGCAGUUUGCCUGGUGUUCACGACUUGGUUCCCAUCAUCCACAAUCAGUCUGAGUACAUUCAACACCUGGAGGCUGAGGUCAAGUUCUGCAAGGAUGAACUCCUCGGAAUGAAACAGAGAGUGAGAGUGGUGAUUGUGGAGAAUGAGAAACUACACGAGGAGCUGAAAGCAAAGGCGGUUGAAGAAACUCUUAAAGAAUACACAUUUGUAGACAGCACAUUAAACGUGGAGCGCACACCAGACACAACUUCAAAGCAAAGACUUGACUCCAUUAAUCAAAUUGAGGACCUCAAAUGGAAGAAAGAAAUGGAGCAGCUGAAGUGUCUUUAUCAAGCACAAACUGAGACCCUGGAGGCUCAAGUGGUCUCCCUGAAGAAAGACUUGGUGAGCAUUCAGAAGGAAUAUGAGGAAACGAAAGAACGACUGAGUCACAAAGAAGCAAUGGCUGUGGCGGCGGGCAGUGGUCAGCGUGUGGGUGGUCUGUGUCUGAAGUGUGCCCAGCAUGAAGCAGUCCUGGCAGAGACACACUCUAAUGUUCAUGUACAGAGCAUUGAAAGACUUACUAAAGAGCGGGAUGAGCUGAUGACCGUUCUCUGCUCUCUGAGAGCCAGUCAGACUGAGACCCAGCAGAGAGAGUGGGCCGCCUAUCAGCAGGUCAAACAGGCGGUGGAGAUGGCAGAAGAGGCAAACCUGGAGAAGACAAGAGCGCUGGUGCAGUGUGAGCACUUCCACAAUGAGCUGACUAGACAGAGGGAGAGGCUGGAGAGAGAGCUGGCAUCUGAACAGGAGAAGAUCUCCCAGGCCAGGGAGGCAGCGCGUUUAGAGAGCAAGAAAGAGAAAGAAGAGCUCGUCCAGACUGUGUCCAGUCUCUCUCAGAGAGUGGCUGAAUUGGAGGGUCUGCUGGAGAGGGGAGAGAGAGACCGGAACUCACUCAAUGGCCAGCUGGAGGAAGCUUAUAAGAAGCUCACAGCACAGGAAACGGAAAGCAGCAAGGUGUGUGCGGAGCUGCGUUUUCUGUUGAGCCAGGCCCAGCUGAAGAAAGAGGAGUCAGAGAGAGGGGUGAGAGACAUCAGCUCCAAACUGGGACGUCAGCUAGAACUGGCAGAGCAGGAAGUACAGAAGUUGGGUGUGGAGCUGAACGGUUGCCGGCAGCGUUUGGAGGAGGCCCAGAGGGCAGAGGGCCGAGCUCGGGCGGAGGCAGCCGGCCUGGCUGAGGGGCUAAGCCGCGCCCAACGCCAACUGCACCUCACCAGGCAGGAGAAGGAGGCGGUAGAGCGCUGCUGUGGAGAGGACAUGGCCGCUCUGACCUUCCAGGCACAGCGGCGCGAACGUGAGCUGACACAGACGAUCCAGCAAAUGGAGGCGCAGCACGAGAGGAGUGUCAGAGAAACAGAUGCUCUUCUGAGUGCUCAGAACAGCCUGAUCGGGAAACUGAAGGAAGAGUGUCAGACGCUCGGGGCAAAGCUGGAGGAACUGGCCCAGAGCAGCAGAGCGGAGAUCGAGGAGUUGUCUCUGGAGAAAGAGCACCUGCAGGAGAGCGCUGAGAAACUUCGAGGUCGUUGUGAAGAGAUGGAAGAGCAGUGUGUGCAACACGGGAGGAUGCACCAGCGCAUGAAGCAGAGCAGAUGAAUGAUACUUUGUGAAAGACCUGACGAACAGCAGAAGUGGUAGAUAAAGGUUUGGAUGGGUGCACUAAUACAGAAGAAGAUUUGGAGCUAAGCAGUGUGUGGAGGAGGUUAGGGCCAGUGUCAAAGCGCUGCCAGACUCUGGAGGUGGGCGGCAGCAGUGGCGCCAGCUCCAUUCACAGCAGGACCCGGGCAUGGGACAGGAUGCCCACCACAGCCCUGUGAUCAGCCCUGUCCAGCUCACACCAGGAAGGCCAGCAGAGAAAAGAAAAGAAAUGAGGAAGAGGGCGUGGGAGACAAAAGAACAACAGCGCUUGACUGAGGCCUGAGGACAGGAACAAGCAGUCACACAAACUGUUCUGCUCACACUCCCAAAUAAUAUAGGAUUUAAGGAAUCAGAGGUUAAUGAUGAAGAGACGCAUCUACUGUCACACCAGACAGAGAGAAAAGAAAGGCUUGAAAAUGCCUCUGGCUCCAGUCAACAGGAGAAGCAUUCAUUCCUAUUAGAAUCCUGUACAGAAGUGCUUUGACUUUCUGAAAAUGUCACUUUUUUUAUAUAUAUUCAACAUAUUAAGACAGAUAGUAAAUUAGAUGUAUUUUUAUAUUAUAAUAGACAUUUGUGAGGGUAGCACCAUAUUUAAUUUCCAACACUAAUGACAAUAUAAAUUGUUCUGUGGUUUAACAACUGAAUUAUUCCUUAGCUGACAAAAAAUAUAUUUUUUCAAAAGACUUUCUAUUGACUCUAUAACUCAGUUAAAGUUGUGAAUUGUGAAAAUAACAAUAUCUUGGACUUUUAUACAGGGCAUGUCAUUUUAAAGACUGUUGUCAGAACAUUACUGUUUGAAAGCUUGACACAGAAACAGUGAUUCGGACAAUGGUUUGAGAGUGGGCGGGACUAUCUGUUUCUCCAGCCAAUGGCAGAUGGGGCAGAGUUUACUUUUAUGGUCUUUUAAGGAGAUUAAUGGCUUCAGUACCUAUUUAUCGGACACGGACACUCUGGCCAUGUGAGGUCAUGUGAUCAGUCAUGAAGAGAAAACCCAUCACUGUGAUAUUCCAUAUAACCACACAAUGAAAUGCAAGGAGAGUCUAAAGUAAAAGUUUCCUUAUUUUAAGGAAAUAGUCAGGAUAAUGAUAAUCUGUUAAAUGUUCACUUUGAGAAAAUGAGCUCUUAAUACACAACAUUUCUGAGUAAUUCUGUCAUUUCGACAAACAUUCCAAAAUUCUGAACAUACUGCUGAAAAACAAAAAGGCCAAGAGAGUAUUUAUGAAACUCAGUCAAACCUCAGUCUGGUACAGUGAAGUUUCUUUCAGCUGUCUGCUGUGCCUUUCAUCUGUGUGUGUGUG